CCCGCUGCUGCCGAGAGCGGAGAAGGCGGAGAGGCGCUCAGUGGGGUUCGAACUCGUGCAGAAGACAGAAUCGAAUCACCUUUUUUUAAAUUAAGCCCAACGCGGUGCACAAAAGUCCUGAAAAGCCCCGCGCGCUGUCGUUCGCCUCCGCCGCCGAAAAGUAGAAGGGGCAGGGAGGUGUGGGGGCUGCAGAAAUCGCAACUGUUUGAAAGAGGUCCUCCACCCUUUCCCCCCUCCGAGUUGAGUGAAGAGGAGAGGAGAGAGAGCGCGUAACAGCAGGGCGGUAGCAUCAGAAGCAUGUCGGGGGGCGUGCUGAGCCUUUUCGUGCUGCUGUGCAGCUGGAACCUGGGCGACUUGCUGGUGGAAGCUUGUACCUGCGUCCCGAUUCACCCUCAGGAUGCUUUCUGCAACUCUGACAUUGUUAUCCGUGCCAAGGUUGUAGGCAAGAAGCUUAUGAAAGAUGGACCUUUUGGGACCAUGCAGUAUACUGUCAAACAAAUGAAGAUGUACAGGGGUUUUGACAAGAUGCCACAUGUUCAGUAUAUCUACACAGAGGCCUCUGAAAGUCUUUGUGGGGUCAAGCUGGAGGUCAACAAGUACCAGUAUUUGAUUACAGGCCGUGUUUAUGAUGGAAAGGUUUACACGGGACUGUGUAAUAUGAAUGAGAAGUGGGAUCAACUGACCCUCUCCCAGCGUAAAGGACUAAACCAUCGUUACCACCUUGGUUGUGGCUGCAAGAUUAAACCCUGUUACUACCUUCCAUGCUUUGUGACCUCCAAGAAUGAGUGCCUGUGGACAGACAUGCUUUCCAGCUUCGGCCAGCCAGGGUACCAGUCAAAGCACUAUGCCUGCAUCAAGCAGAAGGAGGGCUACUGCAGCUGGUACAGAGGAUGGGCACCUCCUGAUAAAACAAUCAUCAAUGCCACAGACCCCUGAGCACCCAACCCUCUUUCUUUUUUGUUCCUUCCCUCCCAUGUGGCCGAGCAUUCUUUGGACACUAACUCAUAUCAGAUCAUGAUGACAACCAUGAUAUUAGUGCCUGUUUCUUGCAAAUUUUAGCACUUCGAACUUUGGUGUUGUUGUUGUUGUUGUUGUUUUUAAAAAAAUCUAUGCUGUCUUAACUGAUUAUUAUUAUUUUUGUGUUAAAUCACUUUAAAAAUUGCUAUCACCCAUUUUGGUCAGAAGAUAUUUAUCUGGGGACUCCUAUUUGAACACCAGAUAAAUAAGGGAGCUGUUGCUCUAAGUUAUCUAUCACUCUCUAUAUAGCAAUAUAAUCUAUAUUUUUGUAGGAAAACAAAAAUCUCAAAAAUUUCAAUCGUAUCAAAAUUCCAGUCCCCUCCCUAAGCAGCUUCUUCAUUCACACAUUCAAUCCUCAGACCAUGUAGAUACUUUUAAAAAUGCAACCAAUUAGGAUUAACAAUGUCAGCAAAUUUAAGCCACGCGGCAGAUGGAUGAAAAGAAAGUUAUGAUGUUUGUACUGGAUGGAGCAUUGGGGGAAUCCAGCUGUCAUGUGCAUUAAAAGCACCACAUCAAAAUGCCUGUAACGUUCCAAAUGUGCAUGUAGAUGCUCCAGGGUAGUUCUGGGUUUGCAAGAGCAGAAAUAACAGCUUUUAAAAAUCACCAUCCGUUAAUGGAAUGAGUCCCUCUUGCAAGUAUGGAGCAAAUCUGUUUAGAACCAAAUCAACACCAAGGCAUUUUUGUGGCUUUAACCUGGAAGCAAAGAUGCCCUUUCAACACCUAUGUAAACCCAAAUAGAUGCAACCAGAUCAGUACAAGAUUAAAUAAAUACAGUCCAACUGAGAUACAUGGAAAGGGGGACAAAGGAAAGUCUAGAGGAAAGGAACAAAAGAAGAAACUUAAUUAGGGCUAUUGGCAUUAAGAAAUCGGAUGCCAAAAACACUGCUUUGCUGAAUGGAAAUGUAUAUAGAUGUGAUGAUAUAAGCUAAUGUUGACAGGACAUGGAAUUGUUUCAUGCUAUAAGUAAUGAAAGUUUGAUUCUUUUUUUUCAAAGGAGCAAUCUUCACAUUCCAAGUCACUGGUCACUACUUUAUUUUUGUUUAAAACUCAAGAUGUUGAAACUCUUUCUACAGUAGUGAGGGGUGCUUAUUCCCCAUCCACCCCCACAUGUGCUUCCCUCCUCUCCUUUCAGCCGCAAUAAGGGCCAAUUCACACAACUAUUUAAAGAGUGAAGGGUCACCAUGUUUCCCUCCUUCAACAUGGAUGAUAAAAUGGCCUUGUGAAAGUGCCCUGGUGUAAGAUUACAGAUUCAUCAAAAUAUUGAAAAAUACUGAGUUAAUAGGACUUUUCAUGGUGUAGCAAUUUGAUUACACAGGAGCCUUUUCACAACACUGUAUUAUCAUGUGAAUGCUAUGGAGGAGAUAGCUCCUUGGUAAUUUUUUCCUCCUCAGAAAUGGCCUGCAUCAGUCUGCAUAUGAAAACGAAAGUAGUCAGCAGAUACAGGAUGGGGAGCCCCCCCUCCUGAGAAGUACUUUGGAAGUAUUCCUAAAGCGCUAGAUCUCUUCUUCUAGCAAUGCAAUCCUAUGCAUAUCUUCUCAGAGGCAAGUGUCACGGAGUUCAGUGGGACUUACUUCAAGGUAAGUAUGUAUGGGAUUGUAGCCUAAAGGAACAUUUUAGGCGGAGCAUGUGAUGUAUUCUCUUGCUGGCUAUGUUUAAGCAGAGCUGUGCUUGUGGGCUCUGUAUGCCUCCUGGCAAUUAGGGAUGAAGGAGCAGGUUGUCCCACCUUCACUGUGGGGUUGACGAUUUGUUUGUUUUUAUUAUGAAAAGUAUAAUAUAAAAUCUUGUAAUAAAAUAAAAGUAUUUUACAUGUUA